AUGGAGCGGGAAGGCGGCAACCGCAGUCUCUUCUUCCGCGGUCUCCAGAACCGCUCCCACGAGAAGAUAAAGCUGCGAAAGAGAAAAUCAGUCUUAUACCUCAGUGCCCAGGAGGCAAGCGCCGGACACCGCUGGGAUCUUCUUGGUGAAAACAUUUAUCUGGUCUUGUUUACCAUAGCUCUAAGAAUAUUUAAUUGCUUUUUAGUACAGACAAGUUUUGUUCCAGAUGAAUAUUGGCAAUCUCUUGAAGUUGCACAUCACAUGGUUUUUAAUUAUGGCUAUUUGACCUGGGAAUGGACAGAAAGAUUGAGGGGUUACACUUACCCCUUAAUCUUUGCAAGCAUUUAUAAGAUUCUGGAUCUCUUGGAGAAAGAUAGUGUUCAGAUGCUGAUUUGGGUUCCUAGACUUGUACAAGCACUACUGUCAGCUAUAGCAGAUGUGAAGCUUUACUCAUUAAUGAAGCAACUGGAAAAUCAGGAGGUAGCAAGAUGUGUGUUUUUUUGCCAGUUGUGCUCUUGGUUCACAUGGUAUUGCUGUACCAGAACUCUCACAAAUACCUUGGAAACAGUUCUCACUAUCAUUGCUCUUUUCUACUAUCCUUUGGAAGGUUCAAAGUCUAUUAACAGAGUCAAGUACUCAUCCCUGGUGGCACUUGCCUUCGUAAUUCGUCCCACAGCUAUCAUUCCAUGGAUGCCUUUACUCUUCAGGCAUUUCUGGCAGGAACAUAGAAAGGUUGAUCUUAUUCUACAUAAUUUUUUACUUGUAGGAUUUAUCACUUUGGGUUUGUCUCUGGGGAUUGAUAGAUUUUUUUUCGGUCAAUGGACUUUGGUUCAGUUUAACUUUUUGAAAUUUAAUGUGCUGCAAAAUCUGGGAACAUUUUAUGGUUCUCAUCCAUGGCACUGGUACUUCAGUCAAGGAUUUCCUGUUGUCUUGGGUACUCACUUACCCUUCUUUAUUCAUGGCUGCUUUCUAGCCCCAAAGAGGUACCGGAUACUUUUGGUGACGGUGCUGUGGACAGUGUUUGUUUACAGCCUCUUGAGCCACAAAGAAUUCAGGUUUAUCUAUCCAGUUUUACCAUUUUGUAUGGUGUUCUGUGGACACUCACUAAACCACUUGAAAAUGUGGAAGAAACCAGCUUUAAGUUUCCUGUUUUUAUCAAAUAUGCUCCUCGCCCUCUACACCGGGUUAGUUCAUCAACGAGGUACCCUUGAUGUUAUGAGUCACAUUCAAGAACUCUGCCACAACAGUCAUAAUGAAUCUUCAGCUUCAGUGUUCAUAAUGAUGCCUUGCCACUCUACUCCUUAUUACAGCCAUGUUCAUUGCCCACUCCCAAUGAGAUUUCUCCAGUGCCCCCCAGACCUGACAGGAAAAAGUCAUUAUCUUGAUGAAGCAGAUAUAUUUUACCUAAAUCCCUUACACUGGUUAUAUAAAGAGUUUCACAAUGAUUCAUCAUUGCCUACUCACUUGAUCAUCUUCAGUGUUUUGGAGGAGGAAUUAAGUACUUUUCUCAUUUCAAGCAACUAUGAGAGAACUGCUGUGAUAUUCCAUACUCACUUGCCAGAAGGUCGAAUUGGGAGUCACAUACACAUCUAUAAGCAGAAGUUAAAAGGAAAACUCAACCAAUGAAAUUCUGUACUGUGCUUAGAUCUUUCCCAGAGAAACUGACAUUGCUGGGUAGAAAUAUUCAGAUCCUACUCAGAUACUUCAGUAAACACUGGGUAAGAUACAUGAAACUAGCACAAAACUACUGUGAAUAGCUUUACCAAAUAGCACUACUGAGGAAAUACACAAAAUAUCACAAAGUAUAAAAUCACAAGGUGAUUGAUUCAAUGCCAGAUUUUAAAUAAAGACCUUUAGUUUUCCU